GGGGGAGCGGGCGCGGGGCCGAGCUGUUCAGGCGGCGGCGCCAUGUGGCCCGCGCUGCGCCUCCUCCGCAGAGCUGGCGCCCGCGCCCCGUGCCGCCGGAGCUCGGCCAUGGGCGCCCCGCGCGUGCGGCUGGUGCCGGGCGGGCGCAGCCUGUGGGACGAGCCGCUGGGCCUGGCGGUGGAGGGGCUGGGCCCGCGGCAGGAGGUGACGCUGCGGGCGGCGCUGCAGGACGAGGCGGGCGAGGACUUCGAGGCGUGCGGCCGCUACCGCGCGGACGAGCGCGGGGAGCUGGAGUUGAGCCGCGCGCCGGCGCUGCCCGGGGGCAGCUUCUCGGGGCUGGAGCCCAUGGGGCUGCUGUGGGCGCUGCGGCCGCGCCGGCCCUUCAGGCGCCUGCUCAAGCGCGACGUGCGCAGCCCCUUCCGCCUGCGGCUGGACGUGCUGGAGGGCCACGGGCCCCUGCCGGGCCGCCUGCUGGCGCGGGCCGAGCACGAGCGCUGCUUCCUGGGGCCCGGCGUCGCCCGCCUGCCGCUGCGCCACGGCCGCCUGCGGGCCACGCUCUUCCUGCCGCCCGGAGAUGGCCCUUUUCCUGGAAUUAUUGACCUGUAUGGAACUGGUGGAGGGCUGCCAGAAUACAGGGCAUGCCUGCUGGCCAAUCAUGGCUUUGCCACCUUAGCCCUGGCUUACUAUAACUAUGAAGACCUCCCUAAAGAAAUGACAGAAUUCCACCUGGAAUACUUUGAGGAGGCUGUAAACUACAUGCUGGAACACCCUCAGGUUAAAGGUCCAGGAGUUGGCUUGCUUGGAAUCUCCAAAGGGGGUGAGCUAUGUGUAUCUAUGGCCUCCUUCUUAAAAGGUAUUACUGCGACUGUUGUCAUCAAUGGAGCUGUGGCCAAUGUGGGUGCAGUGCUUCGCUACAAGGACAUCACCAUUCCACCUCUUGGGUUCGACCGAAAGCGGCUUAAAAUCGACAAGUCUGGGCUUGUAGAUAUUGUGGACACGUUGAACAAUCCACUAGAGGGGCCUAACCAGCAAAGCUUGAUCCCACUGGAGAAGGCUGAUAGCUGCUUUCUGUUCAUUGUUGGCAAAGAUGAUCGUAAUUGGAGGAGUGAAUUCUUUGCCAUUGAGGGUGCCAAGCGCUUGUUGGCUCAUGGGAAGGAGAAGCCUGAGAUAAUCUGUUACGAAGGAGCGGGGCAUUACAUUGAGCCCCCAUACUUCCCAAUGUGUGAAGCCUCCAUGCAUCUGCUGGUGGGCAGCACAGUGAUCUGGGGAGGUGAGCCCAAGGCUCACUCUGAAGCCCAGGUGGAUGCUUGGCAGAAGAUCCAAGCCUUCUUCCACAAAUACCUCAGUAGCAACCAGAGUGAACCCAGCAAGUUGUGAUACACUUAGCUGUGAAGUUGUUCCAUGUAAAAGGUUUCUGGAAUUUCAAAUUUGUUUUAGUGAGUGUAUCUCUGAAUGAGAAUGAAAGAGAAAUUGAGAGAAUAAGAUAUCCUAACUUCAUUUACAAUGGCAGUGGGUGGGUGGGCCAGAUACCUGGGGUCUAAUUCUUAAUUAUUCUUAAUAAUUAAUAUUUUUCUUCCAAUUUUUCUGCUGCCUUAGCUUUCUGGCCUGCACUUCCGCUCUGUGUAAAGUAGGCUAGGUACUGGAUGAUGAUGGAUGCAAGAUAGGCCUCCAUUUAAGAAUAAUUUUAAAUGAGGAAAGUGGUCCAACCAAGUUGAAAAUUAUUCAGAUUUAUUUCCUCAGUAAGUGUAAGGUGACUUAGCAUCAUCAUUUCUCCUUCCAUUUCUGCUUCCAUUUAUCAGCUUUUCUAGAAGUAGGCCUUCUCUGUAACUUCUCAGCCAAGAUUUUUCUCCUAUUAUUUUCUUCUAUCUGCAAUUAUACAGUCUGCUUCCCUUUCUCAUUUUUUGCCUGACUAUUUGAUAUUCCUGCAUAUCAGUGCAAUUUCUCUGCUUUAAACAUUGUCAGCAUUUUUAUAUCUAACAACAGUGUUUUUUUCUCCCAAAGUUAGCAGUGUUGUUGACUGGUUGACUCCUGAUCAGACAAUUAAUCUUUCUAUCUCUAGAAAAACAAUCAAGUUCUGUUGGAUUAGUCACACCUGAUGCAUAGGUAAACAGCCUGAAUAAACAGUUGGUAUGAAGAGCACGAAUUACAUGUUUUCUCCAUGAUCAUUAACUUAUAAAAAUAAGGAACCAGCAGCACUGAGCCUGUUUUAGCUGUGCAAGUUUGCCCACCUAAGCUAUGCCAGGUGGCACAAUGCAGAUCCACAAAACUUCCUUCUAUUGACUCAGCCUCUGUUGUUCAGAGGCUAUUAUUUUCCAAAUCAGAUGGUUUUGAAGGGAGAAUUGGGCCCUUAGGAUACAUGUAGUAACUCAUUUCACUUCUAAGCUAAGGUAGAUCUAACCUUGGUCACUAGAGGAGUGACAAAAAUAGGAAAAGUAGUGGAAUGGUUAUGUUGUAACACUACAGCUGUUUCAAAAUGAAUGAUAAAGUGGACAGCCCCUCAUCACUUCCUGUACAAUUACUCUACCCUGACUUAUCUAAGGAGGACUUAGAGGAUUAAAUUGGAAGGGAAGAACUGAAACCAGAGAACUCAUGGAAAUUGUUUAAGACAUGCAACCAUGGCAACGUUUUAUUCUGAUCUUUUUCUCUGUGUAUUCUCACAAUCUUAUCUGCAGACUUUACUGACAAAAGAUUUGUCUGGUUUGUUUUUUUUUAAGGUGUGCAGAGCAACUACAGUUCCAAUUAAUUUUAAUUAAGGUUGUAGGUUUGCAGCCCCUCUGAAAACUGAGUACUAUGUUUUUGCUGUGUUUGCCAUAGUUAAGAUCAUCAUCGCCACAGCUCUGGAUUACAUUUUUUUUUCUCCUUAUGAACAGUUGUUAAAAAAAAAAACAACAACCCCAGACAUUUUCAUUGCUGGGUCUAUAUUGCUGGUAGGAACCAGAAAAUACUCAUAUUGACUUGCAGAACUAAGAUUAGGUUGGCUGGGCUGACAAGUAGAAAACAGCAUAUUUUUAAUUAGAAUGGCACAGGAAAAUUCUGCCUUUCUUAUAUAAUUACUUUUCAGAGUAUAUUUGUUGCUUAAAAGUAAAGGAUUUCACUUGAAGGCAUUUACAGAUAAAUUUGCUUAUGGCAUCUUUGCAGAAGAUGCAUUAGAACAGAUUAGCCCUGCUAUGUACAUACUAGUCAUGUUGGCAAAUAGCAUGAUAUUGUGGAAAACAUGCCCACAAAUAAUAACUCUCUACAUUUCCAUCAAUGAGAGAGUUUUCAAAAAUGCUGAUAGCAGAGAUGCCAGUUUUGACAAUAUUUCUGUUCCUGAACUUAAUGACCUUUGCAGUAUUCAUUUAAACUCCAUUCCUCAUAGUUGUUUAGAUUUCUUAAAAAAAAUAGGCUUCUUUUUUUCUCAUAGAGCAAAGUGUAGGUUGAAUGUACUUAUUUUAUUAAUAAUGAGCAGUGAGGUGGUUAGCCAUGUUAGUCACAAGUCAGGCAGAAGGUAGAGCAGGGUGGCAUCUUAGAGACUAACUGGUUCAGAGAGGCAUGAGCUUUCAAAGGCAUCUUAGUCAGGUGCUAUGAUUUGGCUAGCAUCUGAUGAAGUAGAUUGUUGCCUAUGAAGAUCAUGCCUGUCUGAACCAGUUAGUCUCUAAGGGUGCCUAUGCAUGUGCUCCAACACAUGCAUUUGAAUUAAUUGCAUUACGAUUAAUCGGGUCUGCUCUGUAUUCUAAUUAGAACGCUCUAGCAUCACAUAUAAGCUCCCAUAGGUUUAAAAAUGGCUGUUGCGGUGCUUUAACUAAAGCUUAUUGAGUGCACUUUAGUUAAAGCAUCCUGCAUUCAUUUUUAAAUAUACAAGGGAUUAAUACAUGUGAUGCUGUGGAAUUUUAAUUAGAGCGACUCUCUGGAAACUGCUCAAAUUAAAAUGCCCCACCUUCCACCCCCAAGCAUGUGUAUAGGCAGCCUAGAGUGGUAUCCUGUCUUACCUUCUGCUUGACUAUAAAUAAUGUACUUGAGUUAGUUAUCUGAUCUAGGCUAUACAAUAUGUUUCAGUUUCCUGAGUGACCAAGGAGAGAAAUCCACUACAAGAGGCGUCUUGGUCUUGCAAGAUAAAAUUGGAUGAAAAAAUUCCUGUGAUUCUCAGUAUUUCGCAGUCCUGUGUGAGCACAGAUGAUUGUAGGACUUGGCCAAGGGAAUAAACAAUGGAAGGCUUUGGUCUGUUACUGUGAGGCAGCCACUGAGGAAUAUUUUCUUCCUCCCCAUAUCUUUCACCACUACCAAACAGCUCUGGGCUAUCAGGCAUUACCAUUACCAAAGGGCUGUGAGCUGUUGCUUGAAGUGCCAAUUCUUCCACCCUGGGAAGAGUAAAGAGCUGUUCCUGGGUGUGGGGUUACUGCUGGACCCCUAGGGACUUGACUCGGGGAUUUUUUUUGCCUCCUUUCCUGGUAGAAUACGAUCCAUUUCUAAGUAAUGUCACACCAACUUCAGACUACUGUAUGUGAGUUAAAUAAUAAACAUUAUAAGCUUCUAAAAACACAA